AUGAGCAGAUGGACAAGAGCACAACUACCCAUCAUUCAACAGCUUCUCAUGCCAGUUGUCCAGCCUGGGACCUAUCAGCAGCUUCUCGCUAAAAAGGAACCGCAGGAUCUUCCUUACAUCAGGGGGGCCAAAGCUAAUAAGAUAAAGAAAAGUUUAAGAGACAUGUUCAGAUAUUUGAAGUGGAGGCAGUUUAACCUGGAGGCAAGGUCUAAACUGCGUAGGAUGGUGAAGAAGGGAUGGAAGGGGAUGGACUUACCAGAGAACUUUGCCACAUGUAUGUCUCGCAUGCGAGAUGGUGAAGGUGGGAUCAUUCAUUUUGAGGGGCAGAUAAACCAUCUGAUUCCUGUACAUAAUGAACAGUAUUUAGCUUCCGAGUACUAUAAGUGUGAAGGUCAGCUGAUUGCAUGCUGGGUUUGGUGUAACUGGAUUGUCACAGUCCAUUACAGAAUAUUUGGAGUCUUCUCAAGUGAAUGAGUGCCUUCCAUAUCUCUCAAAGAACGACAUCCCUGACCUGCAUGUACGUGAGAAACUAAAACAGGUAGAUCUACUCCUUUUUUGCCUUGGCUAUGAAGAUUUGACAGACAACAGCUGCAACCGCACUUGGGGACUUAACCGAGUUAUUUCCAAUUAACUAAUUAAAGCUAACUCGUGUAAAAAAAAACUGCAAGUGUGGCCAGGUUAUCUACGGUCUUAACCAAGUUCUGGACAUGUUAUGCAACUCAACCAAGAAAAACAGAUUUUCUUCACCAAGCUGGGCUUUUUUAAACCUAGUUUGACAGAGGUUAACGUUAUCAAUCAGUUGAUCAUCUCUGCCUACGCAUGAAAAUGGUCUAUGGCUUUACCAUGCACGCAAGCACAACAGUUUCGAAAAUUACAUAUUUAGCUCAAAGUUCAAGAGUUUCUUUUUAACACCAUUGAGUUAAGCCGUCCAGGCUUUUUGCGCACAAAAUAACAACCCUUCACAAAUCAAUGUCAUGUGCAAUAAGUCAACAAAUAAAGAUGUUUGAUACAACUGAAAGAUGCCAUUAUAAAACUAAAAGAUGUUCAAUACAACGAAAAGAUGUUUGGUACAUCAAAAAAAAGAUGUUAGAUAGAAUGAGAACGGAUAUUUGAUAAAACCAAAAGAUAUUCGAUAAAAGAUGAGGAGGCGGAAGUGCUUUUGUUUCCAUGUCAUCUUAUUCCCAGGUUCCUGGCAGGGAUCAGAAGUAGGCCUGAUUUCCCACGCAAACUCUUGCUCCAAAGAGGAGCAAAAUGCCGGAGCAGAACAUUCAGCAGGUCAUAAUAACUGUUUGAAGUGCAGUAAUGAAUUUACAAGGCCAGUGGACACCGUCACCAUCAUGUAAUACUGAGGUAAAAAGCUCACAGCAACAAUUAAGUAGCGUCCGAGACGAGAUUAGCACUUGUUUUCGGAUCUCGCGAAGUAGAUGUGAAAGAAAUACUACUCAAGAGUCUCAACCUAAUGGCAGAGCUACAUUCCUCCAAUAAGACCUGUGGGAGGCCUGUCAGGUAUAAGAAACCGCCGGAGCAUGUGGAGAGGAAGCUCUCGCUCAUUUCAUUCUCUUCAUGUACAGCUACCAUGGCAGACAGGCCAGAGUAUUAUUACAAAGACAUCUGCCUACUUCCCAAUCCAAGCAAUGAUCAGGUGCCAAGGGGUUCGGCAAAAGUCUCCCCUGUGGAAGGUCUGUUUGUGGACACUUUAAGCCCAGAACAGUGA